GACGCUUUCAUCAGGUUUUAUAAUUUUGAAAACUUAAUGAAAAGCCCAAAAAUUUUUAAGAAGUUUUAAGCAAUGAAAUCAGUGUCAUUUCUAGUGUUGAUCGGUUGCUUUGUUGGGGUCAAGCUUUGCAGCGCCGGUGAAUACCACAGGACUCACGGCGUGGCCCGCAGUGGUAGCGCUCAGUUGGGAGGCAUUGGCGGUGGAUAUGGGGGUCAAUGGAGGGCCGGAAACGGUGGCGCCGGUAGACAGGGAUAUGGCGGCGCCUGGAAGACAGCCAACAUUGGAUGGGAAACUCCGGGCGUAGUUUGGACUUACGGACAGACGCCUUACACACAGCAGUCUUACGGCGGCACAUAUGGUGUGCGACCCAUAUCUGGAGGUCAGUAUUACGCCGGAGGACUGUAUGGACAACAGGGUGUAUACGGUGGCGGUCGUCAGGCAGUGCCUGCGGGCGCACGUCAGGGACAGGUUAGAGGCGGUGCUCAGUUGGCCGGAUUGACUACAGUCGGUCGUCAAGCGUUUUCCGGUGCCCGACAAAUACCGUUAGGCGGCAGUCGAGUGGUCGGCGCUGUGGGAGGCGCCGGUCGGACACAGUUGACUGGCAGAGGAGGCGCUGGUGGUUACUAUGGUGUUGGCGGCGGACCUAUUAUUUAUGAUGGAGGUGUCUAUGACGGUGGUCUGUAUGGGGGCGCUGUAUACGGGGGCGCAUACCCUCAGCCAUACGUUUAUCCCAAUUACGGCGGCGUCUAUUUGGGCGGAUAUCCCGCAUAUGGGGGCGGAUUGUAUGGCAAUGGUGUAUAUCCUGAUCAAUAUGGAUGGUAUGGCGGACCCACUCCUUAUGGAGUGUAUGGCAGUGGAGGCACAGGUGGAAGACCAAUGAGAGGCGGAACUGGAGUUUCAAUGGGUGGCGGAAGUGAGGGCUCAGUGGGUGUUGACGGGGGAGUUAUGAUGGGAGGCGGAAGUGGCGGACCCGUUGGUGGUGGAAGUGGCGAACCGAUGGGAGGCGGAGCCGAUGAAAAUGGUGGUGGAUUUGAGGGCGUUAUGAAUGGAGAGAUGGGCGGCUCUAUGGGGGGCUCAAUGGGAGGCUCAAUGGGUAGUUCAAUGGGCGGUCCGAUGGCAACGGAGGGCACUUCAGAGAGUGUUAGAAAAGUUAAUGGAUAA